UCGUUGAACGUUGACUUGAACGAGUUCCAGACCAACCUUGUUCCUUUCCCGCGCAUUCAUUUCCCUCUUGUCACCUUUGUGCCCAUCAUUUCAGCGGGGAAGGCACACCAUGAGCAGAACUCUGUUGCUGAUAUGACCUUCUCAUGCUUUGAAACGGGUAGCCAGAUGGUCAAGUGUGAUCCCAGGGAGGGCAAAUAG